GUGUUGGACUGCCUGUCAUUCGAGUGCUACAGUAGUACGUACGUCGUGCGUUGGCCGAAGCAGUUGCUCUUGCGUUCAAGUACAUCACAGAUGGUACACGAUUUAACAAAAGCAAAACAAAGUUAAAGUGUAUAACAAAAGCAUUAUACAAAACAACAACAAAAGCAAAACACAAUGAAAUUACGAAAAAAUACCGCGAAACUCAAACUGUAAAGAAACGAAUGCCAAGCCGACUUUUCGUUAACACUCGUACUAUGUAGUCUGCAAUAUAAGGCAACAAAAAAAAACAAAUUCAAGUUCGUUACUUAAUCUAACGGUUUCACUGCACUCCAACGCACCAACGCCAGUGGGUCUGAUUCGUUUAAUGCAAAGCAUAUUAGUUGGGGUGCUCAUAGCUGUUGUUGUUGGUGUUGGUAUUGUUCUUGUUGUCAUCGCGCCAUUCAACCGUUGUGAGUGAUGUCGUGCGCUGUGACUUUCGGUCUUUUCAACAACAUCCACUGCCGCCGCCGCCGCCUCGGUUGAAUGGCAAAAAGCAACAUUCAGUCUUCUGCUGCGCGUAUAUAGUAAACAAAAAACGGCGAUAAGUGGUUAAUCGCUUCUUAAUCGAGCGCGAGUGCGUACGCACAGCAGCAGUACCGUUAUAGCGUUACAAAUAUUUAUUUAGUAGCAAUUUCGCGGUGUUCGUGUAAGUCAAGGUGGUAACGCGCGAACUGCCUGCAAGUGAUUUUUUUUAAUAAUUUAUUUUUUUUUUCUGAUUUACUAAAAGAAAAAAAAAUUACUAAAAAUUUAGUGUGUGUCAAUAUUUGCGAAUUUAAUUUGUGUAAACAUUUGUAUAAACACAGAUUUCUGUUUUGUUUUGUGUAUGUGUGCUUUCUCGCAUAAAAUUCGCUGCGCUAAAGGAAUUUAAUGAUUGACUGGUGCUUUGGGUCUAGCAACAGCACAAUACACAAAUCAUAAUAAUAAAAUAGGUCUUUUAAAAUAAUAUUCCCCACAAUGAAUACCACUUCACCAAAAUCAUCCUUAGCCAAAUUGGGUAUACACACUACAAAGCAUAAAUCACUAAAAGUGAUGGUGCUGGGACAGAGUGGUGUAGGAAAAUCGGCUAUGGUUGUACGAUUCAUUACUAGACGCUUCAUUGGUGAAUAUGAUCCAAAUCUAGAGAAGAUCUACACCCAUAACACCACAUUUGACAAUGAGCUCAUACAGUUUGAUAUACUAGAUGCGGCCGGGCAACCAAAUAAAGAAGAUUGCGUUAGCUUGGACUCAAACAUACGUUGGGCGGACGCUUUCAUACUGAUGUACUCGGUGACCGAUAAGUGUAGUUUUGAUGAGUGUAAUCGACUGAAAUUUCUGAUCAACUACAAUAAGAGGCGACGUAAGCUCGGAUCAAAUAAUAAGGACUCACUGUCGGAUGUGCCAGUCAUUUUGGUAGGUAACAAAACCGAUCAAACGGGCGAUCGUAUGGUGAGCCUUGAGGAGGGUCAACGUCGUUUUCGCGAUCUAACAUGUGUCUGCUUUCAUGAGAUCUCUGUGCGAGAGAGUGUUGAUCAAGUUCAGGCAGUAUUUCGCGACGUAUUUCGCUUUUGGCGUGUCUUCAGUAAGUUCCCCAAACUGAAACGUUCCACUAGCGACGUACAAAAUGCUUCUGACUCAGCCUUGAGCCCCGAUUCGGGUUGUUCUUUCUAUGAUCCCUCAUCGUAUAACAGUGAAACACGUAGAUCGUUUUUCAUAAAUGCCAACACCUGCCUGGAGGAGACCGCCGAUCACACAGAAUCCACCGAUGAGCUCGGUUCCGGUAGCCUAUGCAGUUCCCGCUGCGAGAUGGAUACACCAUUCCGCAGUCGGGCUUCCACGGAUGGCACAUUAUUGUCGCGACCACGUCGUUGGCGUUACCCGCCACCCGGUUGUCUAAUGCCACACACAAAUCGCGUGGAACGUCGCAUGAGCAUCUCCACACGUGGCAGCAACGCCAGCUAUUGACUACUAAUGCAUCACUGAGAAGCGCUCGGUAUUAAUAGUAAGUUGUUAUUGUUGCUGUGACAAGCUUUUAUUAUUUACACAAUAAUUACAAGGCUUUGCUCAUUGUAAUACAAAAAUAAAUGGAAUUAUUUUUGAGUCUGUAGUGAAGUAAUAAAAAAAGUUCAAUAUGCUAAAUGGGGGCGCGUUGCACGCUUAUUGAUAGACUAUUUAUUAUAAAAUGUAAAUUAUUGAUUACGAUUACACUAAGAUAUAUGUAAUGCUGAUGUUUUAUACAUGUAUUUUUCUAUGUACUGAUUGUAUUUACAUAUAUAUGAGAUAAGUAUUUAUUAAAGGUUUCAUAGAUGUAUUGAUCCUGAUACAUAUACUAUAUGUACUUGUAUGUAAGAAUUAAUAAUA